GCGACGGAAGUAGCAACGACAUUUUUUUUGGGAUCUGCCGUUGCAGGUCACCCCCGGAAUUCAAAUUCCCGGGGUCUGCAUGGGAGGUACUCGUGCAUAUCCAGCAUUCCCGCAGUGUAGUGGUGUGCGGGUGGCUGUGCAAACGUUGGUACGCGGCCAUCGCUUUGAGCUCUGUCAGUGGACGUGUUGGAGGUUGUAGUGGACGAAGGCCAUGGAGGAGUCAGGAUGUUGGAUGAAUAGUCAGGAAACCGAGGAUGCUAUGUGCAUGCUGCUUUUCGUCCUCUUGCAGUGGGUGAACAGACGAAACGUGGCGGCGUUGGCAGUUGUGGAGGCGGUAUCGUUGAUGCCUUUUGUCCACCAAAAUGUCUCCGCUGCGGUUACACUGCUGGCUGGGGGGAUGCUGCACGGUUUUGCUCUGUGUUCGUUGGCGGUGGAUGAGAUGGGGAGGACAAUGGACCGCAAACGUCGUCUGUGGGUGCUGGAGCGUAGCGGCGGUCUUUGGAAGGAUCUCCAGCGAGUGGGGGGUGAGCAUGACAAGGUUUUCCUUCGGUUCUGCAGACUCCCGAGGCCCCUGUUCUUCGAAGUUCUUGCUCACGUCGGCUCCCAUAUCCAGCGGUCGCCCACGAACUACAGAUUGCCAAUACCCGUGGGACAAAAGUUUGCAUGCGCUUUGAUGAGAUGGGCCACUGGCGGUUACUACAGGCAGUCCUCCCACAGUUUGGGCAUCGGCCUCGCAAGUGCUUUGCGCAGCAACGAGGAAGUGGCCGACACAAUCAUUCGGGAGUAUGGCCAUCUGCUACAGUUCCCCACAGGGCAACGGUUGGAGGACGUGCAGAAUGGCUUCGGGGGAAAGGCUUCCCCGGGUGUUGUUUAUGUGGGUUGUCCGGGGUCUGUGCAUGAUUCGAGAGCUUUGCGCAUGUCACCAUUGUUUGCAAAUGCCACGGAGGGUAGAGGAGUGUUGGCUGAGGGAGGUGCCGUGUUACACGACGGUAGACAUGUCGGGCGUUAUCUGUUGGGUGAUCAAGGGUACCCUCUUCUGCCAUGGCUCAUGACUCCUUUUGGCCCUUUUGCUCGAACUCCGGCGGAUCGAGCGUUCGAUUUGAGCCACAGUGCAGCGAGGUCGUGCAUUGAACGGGCUUUCGGACGUCUGAAGGCGGUUUGGAGGAACUUCAUCCGAAGACAUAUUUGCAACCUGAAGACAGUCUGCAAAGAAUUCAUGGUCAUCUGCAUUCUUCACAACCUGAUGAUCGAGCACAACGUGCAGAUCGACCCGGCGCUGUGGGAGGAUAGCAGUGACAGCGAUGGAGAGAACAACGAACAUCGGAACCGUCAACGAUGCAGGCGUGGUCGUCGAUUCAACCGUCACCUCCCGGACUUGAACAUCGAGGCGCCAGCAGAGGAUGACCCCACUUAUGGGGGGGAACUCGUGGAACACGUCAGGGCCAGCCUGGUGCAGCACGUGCGCCACCACGUGGCAGUCCACGGGGCACCACAACCAUGCCCAUGGCGGUAGUGCUCUUCUUUAGAUUUUUGUGUGGUUAUGUGUCAGAACCCAUUUUAGGACGUUCGGUGUGUUGGAGAAGACUUUCAGGUAGAUGAGGGUUGGUCGAAGGACAAGGAUACGGGCACACAAGUUUAGUGUCGGUAUUGGCGGUUGCCAAUUCAUCCAGCAGGGUUUAUGAGAGGGUCAUGUUUUGUCACUUCGAGCGUGGGGGGUACUCGUGCACAUUUAUUCAUUUGUGUACUUCGAAAUGUUGAGUUUACGGGCACACAAGUUUGUCAAACGACGCUGUUUUUUUUUACCUUUCCGGAACAUUUAUUUAUUUGUGUACUUCGAAAAUGUUGAGUUUAAUUUUUGUUUUCGUCGUUGUUGGAGAUUGCACAGUCGUGCGUUUUCGUAUUUCGUUCGUGUCCCGUUUCUCGCUCUAUGGAGCACCUUGUGGCAAACAUUUUUACAACCCCGAUGGAACAUGUUCAUGUCGAACGACCUAACAAUUUAUCGCACGUGAUACAAGCAAUGAAGGUUGCAAAGUGCG